AUGAUAUAACAAAACAGGAUUACCAAUUGUGACCUUAUGUAUUUUGGGUUGAACGAAAUUUGCCGGGCAACUCUAUACCAGGUUCUUUAUUUUGUUGGGCUAGAUCACUCUACCCCAACCAUUGCAUGUGCUUUGUCAAAUUUGGAGCCGGUUCUCACUUUCCUUCUAGCCAUCCCUUUCGGGCUGGAAAGUGUGGGAAUCGGGAAGAAAGCAGGGCAAGCCAAGGUUUUAGGGACAGUGGUGUGUGUGGGUGGAGCAAUGUUGUUGUCAUUUUAUCAUGGAAGUGUAGUCAUGGGAAGCAUCCAUUGGAAGUAUGCUAAUAAUAUGGGAAAAGGGAAUUCCAGCAGUACCACCAAUGACAAGAAGUUCAUGUGGGGGCCUUUUCUCCUCAUAGCAAUUAAGGCGAAAUUAGGCCUGAACUAUUCAGCUCCUUAUACAACCUCAGCAUUGAUAUGUUUGAUGGCCAGCAUCGAGUCUGGGAUUAUAGGCAUCAAUGUGGUACGUUAUCUAUCCACAUGGUCGCUGAGCCCCAUCAUCAGGGUCGUUUCAACUCUAUAUGCGGCAACAGUGUGUACUGCACUAGCAUUUUGCCUCAUCGCAUGGUGUGUCAAGAGAAAAGGUCCUCUGUAUGUCUCAGUGUUCAGUCCACUCUUGCUCAUUGUUGUGGCGAUUCUCAAUUGGAUGCUUCUACAAGAGAAAUUAUAUGUUGGAACCGUUGUAGGGUCAGUCUUGAUUGUCAAGGGACUAUAUACUGUUAUUUGGGGAAAGAAAAGAGAGAAAAGCGAUGAGCAAUGGCGGGGAUGAGAGAGAAGAGAAUCAAGAAGCGAAGGGCGACCAGGAAAUGCAGUGUUCUGAGCUUCCAAACGGAAGUCUUCAGACAAAACGCUUAGCGAAGAAGUUGGAUUGCAAAUUAGUGUUGCUUGAAAAUAUUGUAUGCCUUGCGAGGGGAAAGAAAUAGUACUAGCUAGUCUCUCUCUUCAUACGGAAAAAUUCUAAGAAUUAUUUCUUAAACAGUCCAAUCUGUU